UUAUUCUCUCUGUUGUUCCUUUGAUCUUCUGAGAAUGAAGAAUAUGUUAUUCAGUCUGUUCAGUUUCUUGUUCUUAAUUGUCAUUCCUAAAAGAAAGUGUUGUCAAUGUCAUUACUGCAGGCAUACACUAUCAUUAACAGUAUCAGUAUUAGUUUGUUUAUUUUGAUAGAUAUCCCUUUAUAUUCCUCAAUACCCUUGUUCAUCUGCACUCAUCUUUUUUCUCCUCUCUGCUUUUCUCUGAUUGAGUCCAUUUUGUAAGUUUUCAAUGGCAAUUCCUGCUGCUCAAGUAAGAGUCCUUAAUGUAGAUGAAGAUGUUGAAGAAUUUCCUUUUCGCUUUGCUGCUCUUCUCUGUGAUGAUAGUCGCAAUUACCAUAAAACUUCAAUUAAGCAUCAUCUCAAUAGAAUCUGGACAAUCAAUUCUCCAUACUUCAAACUUGCUAAGCCUUAUGUCCAAGAAUUGGGUAUUCAAAAUCUCUUUGUAGUUAUGUUUAAGAAAAGUCAAGAUAGGGAUUCAACUUUCCUUGCUAGGCCUACUCUUCUGUUUGGCCAGCUUUUUGCAGUCCAACCAUUAGGUAAUUUGGAAUCUAUUUUUGAUUUGGUUUGGGAUAAGACUUUGAUGCAUGUCCAAAUCCCUAUUCAUUCAGACUUGGUUAACAAAGGGAGGGCUAGAGAGGUCUUAGAUCAGUUGGGAACUUUUGUGUCAGCGGAUUCUCCUGUAGGGAAUCUUUAUGAAGCUAAAUUGAUGGUGCCUCUUAGGUAUCCACUUACUCGGAAAGUUGUCAUCAACACCAGCACGAGGCCUUAUUAUAUGACUGUAUUCUACCCAAAACUGCCUUUUCUUGCUUGCAAGAAGUGUUUCAUUCUUUACCAUAAUGAAGAUAACUGCAGAGAGAUUCGAAUGAGAAUCUUUGUCAGGGCUCUGCCGGCUCCAUCUCCUAGGGCCACUCAUGUUUCUGUAACUAAUGUGCAUUCAAGUUCUGAAGAUGGUGAAUGCUCAAAUGCAGGGAAGGCUAAUUCUGUAGUUGCUGCUGAUGCUGUAUCUGAUGAGCACUCAAAGCCAUCUGGCUUUUCUGUCAGUCUGCAUCCCUCUGCAGCUCUCAGAAAUACAGGUUCUUCAUCAUUUUCUCCUGUUUUUCCAUCUGAUAAACCUAGAAAUUCUCCUUUGACAAUUAGAGAGCUUGUUUCGUCUCAACCAAAUUCAGUUGGUUUUCCUUCGUCUUUUGAAGAUAUGUCUUUUGAUGUCGAUGGUCUUUUGCAUGAUUGAAAAGGGAAAAGAGCUAGGUCAGUAUUUGAAUUAGUCUAUUUAGGCUCUGAUGCAGUAACAUCUUCUUUUUCAAUGAUGCCUACUCCUUGUUGGCCUCCAAUUACUACUGUGCCCCCUUUUCCCCCUCCUUCUAAGAUGUCUUUCAAUUCGGGAAGUUUAGGGUCUUCUUCUAGUCUAGGUAGUGAAGAUACCAACAUGUUUUGGUCUAACUCUUGCAUGGCUUAUACACAGUCUGUUUUUACUUCAGCUGGUUUCAUUUUCAAUGCUACAUCAGAAAUGAGUUACUCCUCUGAAGUAUUUUUACACGCAAAUCAUGAUAAUGGUUUUGCUUUUAAUGCUGAUCAUAAUGAAGACAUUAAGGAUGGAUUAGUGCUUGAGCCUGUCCCUUUAGCCACUCUUCCUCCUGAGCCUGUGGUUACUGAUGAAGAGUUUGAAAAAGAAAUUGAUCUCAUGAUGAUGGACUCAGACACUAUGGAAGCGGAUCCUUCAUUGGUUCAUGACCUUGUACCUGCGAUGGAGUUAAGGGAUCGUAUGCAAACAGAGUAAUAGAUUCAGAAGCUGCAGAGUGCAUGGCAAUCAUGGAGGCUCUUAGCUGGAUUAAAGCUCUCAACAUUCAUGAGGUCCAUAUCUUUGCAGAUGCUGAAGUUAUGGUGCAGUAUGUUACCACAGAUAUUUCUCAAGUUAGAUGGGAGAAUAAUCAGAUUAUUAAGGAUAUUAAGACUCUUAUUUCUUCUUUUAAGUUCUGUAGAAUCUCUCAUGUUAGGAGAGAUUUUAAUAAUAUAGCAGACAAUGUUGCUAAACAAGUCAGGAGAAAGAAACUCGUAUUAGAAGAGUACCAGAUCUAUUUUCCUUGGUUCUCUGCUCUGUUAAAUAGGCUUGCAGUGCCUAGAACUUCCUAAUUAAUAUAUGUCCUUGUUAUAAAAAAAGAAUA